UGCACUGAUAAACAGAAAGACAAAAGUCCUGGGUGUAAUUCUUGGCAAUCACAAGGAUUCUGCGAGAGCAGUAGCAUCUACCAUCAGUUUAUGAUGGACAACUGUUACGCUUCAUGCGGACUUUGUACAAGUAAGUGACACACCUUAAGGUCAUCGGAUCGUGGGCUCAGGCCUGAACAUUAACUUUUAACCAUAGAGCGUUUUCACUCACGUGGCCAGCAUCUAUGCAAAUGUAUUGGAACAAAAGAAAUUGUCUGCAUAAGAGAAAGAUCAAACUCCCACAGGAUUUGUUUGGUACACCAACGUGGCCGCCGUUUCAUUGUUUUGGAACACCAAUGUGACGUGGCCUCCUUGACGUCAUGUGAAAACGCUCUGUAGAAUGCUAGCCAUUAUCUUUCUUUGAUCCGGAUUCUGACGCUAUCAUGAAAAGCGCUCUAAAACCGAAGGAAAUUUUCAGACGAAAAAAAUGCUAACCAGGUUGAUCGAUCACUGCCCUCGGUGAGGUAUUAUGCAAUCAAUCAAUUCGCAUAAUCGUUUUACAAAAUGAUACAUUAUUAGUAUCGAAUUCGGAUCGAACCCUUAACACUAACAAAAUCUGUUCGUAUGACCUAGUUUGAUGCUACUAGUAAGAAGAAUGUCAGUUAGUGAAUUCUUAAAGAUGAUCUUUUCUUUUUGAUUAGAUGAUAAUCAUAACUAUAACAAAAUUCUCAGAUCUGAUUGGCUAUCAGCUGUUCGGAUUUCAGCACUAGGACAGUGUAAUAAGACAGUACGCGUCAUGCCAGUGAGUAACUGCAAUCGCACGCACACUGAUGGCAAAAAUAAUCAAAUUAUCUUGUGUUUUAAUUUUCAAAAGCUUAAAGCAUCACAAAUUUUGUUAAAGUUAUGAUUAAGUGGUAACAGAACUUCGUUUUAAAGACAUGAAAUUGGACUCCAUUCAGCUCCAUUACCAUUAUUUGUCCACAUUACAGGUGUGACACCGUUGCGUAAACACGAUGGCGGACGGGGGUAAUCCGUUGCCCUAUUAUCGUCGUAGCGGUCACGACAGGAUCGCAUUCAUUGUUAAGUUUUUAUCAGAUUAUUCAUCAUACGUUAUACUUUGUUUUACUUAAUUCCUUAGUGCCACCAACACCACCUCCACAAGGUAGGUUUCCUUACCGCUAAUUUAAAUCAUUUCAGUUUUAUCACACCGUUUAUACUACUACAUGAGAAAUUUCUGCAAUUUGAUUGGUUUAGAGCAGUGGUAUUUCAGCUUCAUUUGAAAUACCUACAUGUGAAAAUUACAAAACCUUUGCGGGUAGUAGUAUAAACAAAUAAUACUAUGAUUUGUACGUGAUAUUUGGCAUAAAUACCACUCAUGACUUACUCAUUACGUAAAACAAUUUCCAAAUAUCACUCGUUGUAUUUAUGCCAAAUACCACUACAAAUCAUGCUUUUACCUAUACAAAUCCCCUAUUAAGCCCCCCGGGUGGCUUAUUUAUUUCAAACACAUUUGACGGAAGGGGGCUUAAUAGAGACCGGGGGCUAAUUAAUUUAGCAAAGACGAUGGUAUUUAGUUCUCCAUAAAGAACCAGAAUGCCAAAUGGAAAAAUGCAAGUACAAGAAGUUGGAGGUUAUGCAGCUGAGGAUCAAAUACAAAUCCGACCUUCCAACACGUGAACAAACAAUCCCGGAUCAGUCCAAAUGAAGUUUUACAGUCGUGAUUGACCGAUAGAGCCUAUCAAUAUUUAUUAGUUAGCGUUAAAAGGGCGAGGGGAGGGUGGGGGGGCGGGGGGGAACUUAAAAGAGAGUGAGGCUUAUUAACUUUCUUUCCUUGAAAAGGGGGACUUUUUAGCCGGAUCUGAAGGGGGCCCUUUUUUGAGAGGGGAUGGGCUUAAUAGAGGAUUCUCUUGAUUUAUCUAAAUAUUUGCUUUGAAAUUUCUGUCUUCCUUGCACUCAAAGUUUAUUAAUUAAAGAAGAGGGCCAUAAGGUGGUCAUUUGUAAAGUGCCCUUAAUACAUAUUAGCAAGAGAGGAUAAAGGGAACAGAGAAGGCAUCCCCCAUACACACCCUAUUCCAUAGGUAAUUCGUCUCGAGUUAUUUUUAGAAUCGGGAUAAAGUUACCUCGCGCGCUGCGUGGAUGUUUCGUGGAGGUUUCGCACGACUAAAUGGCGUGCAAAACAUGUCGGGCGAAAGGCAACGAGAGCGUAAAGACAUCGAGAGCAUUUCUGAAUAUUGAAGCGAAAUGUGUCGGCGCUCACCUGCUGGGAAANUCUUGAUUUAUCUAAAUAUUUGCUUUGAAAUUUCUGUCUUCCUUGCACUCAAAGUUUAUUAAUUAAAGAAGAGGGCCAUAAAGUGGUCAUUUGUAAAGUGCCCUUAAUACAUAUUAGCAAGAGAGGAUAAAGGGAACAGAGAAGGCAUCCCCCAUACACACGCUAUUCCCUAGGUAAUUCGUCUCGAGUUAUUUUUAGAAUCGGGAUAAAGUUACCUCGCGCGCUGCGUGGAUGUUUCGUGGAGGUUUCGCACGACUAAAUAGCGUGCAAAACAUGUCGGGCGAAAGGCAACGAGAGCGUAAAGACAUCGAGAGCAUUUCUGAAUAUUGAAGCGAAAUGUGUCGGCGCUCACCUGCUGGGAAAGGGAAUCGCUGGACUCUUUGAUAACCCGUGAAAUCAGUUUAACUCGAAGUUGUCGUAACCUCAGUGCUUUAAUAAAAAGAAAUUUCGCCGGUCUAUUGAAACCGGUCGUUUGUACAAUAAAGCAAGUAGGACGGCAAGUGUUAUUUUUUUGAAUAAUAAAAGACCAAUAAAAGAAUAAAAAUCAAACCAGAAAUUGCUCUCUUCAAACUAUAAAUUAUAAAUGAUCUUGAGAGAAUAUUCAGUGAGUUAAGGAUUUCCCUGUUGUACUGUUAGCUCUAUACAAGAGAGGAAGGACGAUUCUUUUUUAAUUUCCAUUUCGCUGACACCGCCUUAGCAGAAAUAUCUCUUUAGUCGUUUUCGUGGACAAAACGAAUAGCAAUAUCGCUCUCCGAGUCUUCCGCCAUUUUUUCUGCAUCAAUUCGUGAAGGACGCGUGGCUCUGAGCGUGGGUCAUCCACGCGGAACACAUUCGCGCUAUGUGAUUGGCUGUUGUCUAACCCCCCUUGGGAUCUGUGUGUCUUAAAAAUAACUCGAGAAGAAUUACCUAUGGCAUAGGGUGUGUAUGGGGGAUGCCUUCUCUGUCCCCUUUAUCCUCUCUUGAUAUUAGUCAUUUCCUUGAUUCGUCAGGUGAGAGAUGGGGGAGCUGUGCUGAUUCACUUCUAUGUUACCAUUUGAAACUCAUUAAUUUCUUUGAUAGAUCGAUCUCUGAAAAGUUCCCAAUCUAUUUUCCACAUAUAAUACUUGAGCUUGAAUGUAGGUAGUGCGUAGCUGUUUGUAUCACAAUCAUAAUCACAAACAUAAUCAAAAUCAUUCUCAUUCUCAUUAUUUACUUAUUUACUUCAGUUGACGCAACUGAUUGCCUGAAAGCCCAUAAUAAUAGACGCGCCCUUCAUGGAACGCCAGCGCUGGUCUGGAAUAAUUCACUAACUCAGCAUGCACAGGAGUGGGCUGAGUAUUUACUUAGCAACGGGUCUCUUGUGCACGCAAGUGGAAUUGAUGAAGGGGAAAACCUGGCUUGGGGAUAUGGCCCAACGUUCCGAACAUGUGUGCAAGCAAUGGAAGGAUGGUUAAUAUACUUAAUUUUUGUGUGUUAUCGUUAUCGUUUUUGUUUUUUGUUUUUUUGCUGCUUUAUGAAAUAUGUUUGAAGGGAGCGCAUUUCAAUAAUUUUUAAUAAUAGUAAUAAUAAUAAGAUGGUCUGUCUUAUAUAAUAACUAAGGAGGAAAUUUCUAUGUGUGCGGGCGAUCAUGAAAUCUUUGCCCGGGCUCGUCUAUAGUAUCGUUGAGGGCAAACUGCUGAGUGAAGUAAUAAGAUCACUAGAUGGUACAAGACCUGCUACAAGUGAAUGUUGAGAAAUAUCAAUCCAAGUUACUGGGCUCUAGGACUGAGGCAAAUAUUAUAAACCUACAUAUAGAUGGAGUUAACAUAGAACAAUUGAAAUCUUUCAAAUUGUUCGGUGUACACCUGGACUCUGAACUUAAUUUUAGUGAGCAUAUCAGUUCUGUUUGCAUAAAGGCUAGCCACCAGAUAGGAGUUUUGAGACGUCUAAAGAAGGUUAUACUCACUCAUGCUAAAUUACAACUAUAGAAAGCUGCCAUAUUGCGUCACUUGACUUGCAGCACUAUUUGGCAUUUAUGCAGAGCCUGAGACAAACGUAAAAUAGAAAGAGUACAGGAGAGAGCCCUAAGAGUAGUGUUCAACAAUAAUUCAGUCUCCCACGACGAACUGCUGAAGCUAGACUACAAGUAGUCCCCAAUUUUCCCUCAGGGAUAGUAGAGCGAGCGAAACGCGAGCGCGCGAGAAAAUCACUCCACGCCGCCGCGUGUCGACUUUUCUCGCGUGGUCAUCAGUAGCUGGUUAUGGUGAGUUAUGCGUGUGCUGUUAGCCAAUCAGAAUCAGGGAAAUAUUUUGAAUGAAUAAUAAUAAUAUUGUAUUGACCGUCUACAACAAGCGAUACAUUAAUAACUGUGUCAUGGAAGUACUUACAUGUAAAGCUAACAAAAAAGAAGAGUUUGAAGAGUUUGUUUGAAGUUUCUAGACUACACCAGGAAACUAAUCAAGCUCUUUAUGAAAAAUGAACAAAAAUUUGGGAUGCCUUUCUUUCUUUAAUUAACCCCUGUUCUGUUUUUGUAACGAAGGUAUGACGAAGAAGAGCCGCAGUAUGAUUAUGACAACCCAGGCUUUUCUAAGGCAACGGGACACUUUACACAGGUACUGUGCUUGUUUGAAACCUCAAAUCGGUAA